AUGUCUAGCCUCAACUUCAAUCCGGACAAAGAGAUCCCUGACCUUACGGGGAAAUCUAUCUUUAUCACCGGUGGAACCAAUGGUCUGGGCGCUCAAUCAGCCAUCCAUCUAGCCAAGCACAACGCAUCCCACAUCUACAUCAGCGGCCGUAACGCCGCAAGUGCCGAAAAGAUAAUCACCCAGAUCCGCGACACAGGUUCAAAAAGCGAAGUUCAAUUCAUUAAAUGCGAUCUAGCAUCUCUCUCCUCCGUCAAAGAAGCAGCCAAACAAUUCCUGUCUCAGUCACCGACACUAGACAUCCUAAUGUGUAAUGCGGGUAUCAUGGCCAAACCACCAUCCCUAACAACGGACGGCUACGAAUUACAAUUCGGCACGAAUCAUCUCGGUCACGCACUACUCAUUAAGAAACUACUACCCCUCCUCGAGAAAACGAGUACCGCAGGCGGUGAUGCACGCAUCGUCACGCUCACAUCAGAGGGCAUGUUCCUCCAUCCCAAGGGCGGAAUUGUCUUCGACAAUCUAAAAACCGUUCAAGAUUUUUGGGUCGGUGGACCAUGGCGUCGAUAUGGUCAAAGCAAAUUAGCCAAUAUGCUCUACGCCCGUGAAAUAUCCCGGCGAUACCCCGGUAUAACCUCCGUGUCUGUCCAUCCCGGGGUUGUGUCGACGGAGUUGGUAGGAAACUCGAAGUUCAUGGACCGGGCUCUCAUUCACAUCACUAAUUUGGGAAACGUACUUCAACCGGAAGAGGGGGCGUAUAAUCAGGUAUGGGCUGCGACGACGCCAAGGGAGAAGUUGGAGAAUGGGAUGUAUUAUGAGCCUGUGGGGAAGUUGGCGCAGAAAAAGCUGGAUAAGACGGGGAGGGAUGAUAAUUUGGCGAAGAGGUUGUGGGAGUGGACUGAAGAGGCUUUGAAAGCGUAUUGA